AUGAAAACCAGCCAUCAAACAGUUCUUCUCUUUGGAGAUGUCACGGAUUCAUGGGUUGAGGGCAUCGAUCAUGUCUAUAUGCAGGCUGCAACAAAGCCAUGGCUUCAGUCGUUCUUGGACAAUCUCUUUUCCGCCAUCAAGACAGAAACCAAAGCUAUGGACCGAGUCCUGCAAGAAAGUUGUAAGGGUUGCUCCAGUCUUCAAGAGUUGGCCGAGAGAUAUCGACACACCGGAGAUGAGUUUGGUAUGGCGCAUGCCAUGCUGAUCUAUGCGGUCCGAGCUGUGGUUCUCCUAGAGGCUGUAAAUCGGGAGCCGCAUAUACUUGACUCAAGCCGACCUAGGCCCGAGAUUAUCGGUAUCUCCGGAGGCCUUUUCAGUGCCGCGGUGAUGUCAAUCUCGACCAACUUCGAAACUCUUUAUGCAGCAUGCAUCGAGGCUGGUCGUAUAUGGUCAAGACUCUGCAAUCUUACCUUGGUAAGAUCAAGGGCCAUGGAGGAGCGCCCCGGUACUUGGGGCUGGGCCAUUCUCGGUAUCUCAGCAGCAGAGCUGGGUGAAACCCUGGAACAGUUUCAAAGUUCCAUGGGCAUUCCUUCCUCCAAGAGAGCAAAGGUCGGAGUCCUCGGAGAUCGAUGGAGUACGAUCAUAGGGCCUCCUUCUGUUAUAGAGCUUGCCUUGAGCGAAUGUCCUAGUUUGAAGAAUCUUCCAAAGAAUGAGCUCAACAUCCAUGCUCUUCAACAUACCUUGAGCAUCUCAGAGGCUGAUAUCGACUACAUCGUUGGACAUUCCCCGCUACUAGAGACACCCCUACGUCCUGGCUACAGGAUACAUGGAUUGGAUGACGAUUCUCCGGAAGCAAGCUACCCAGAAUGGAGACAUCUCCUGAGCGCUUCAGCAUACCAGACCUUAUCACGGCCUCUGGACAUCACUCAGGCUGUCAGCAAUCUGGACGCCGCUCUGGAAGCAUCACAGCAUAUUGAUGCCAAGAUCAUCGGUCCUAGUAGCCACACAACAUAUCUUGCCAAGGUCCUACAGACCGCGGGAAGGGGGGUGUCUAUCCAGAACGAUUUAUCUACAAGCCCACAAACUUCAGGUACAAGUAACGGUAUCGCCAUUGUCGGCAUGGCAGGCAAGGGACCAGGCAGCGAUGACCUCGAAGAAUUCUGGAAUGUCAUAUUAAAAGGUCUCGAUCUACAUGAAGAAGUCCCAUCCGAUCGAUUCAACUUGGAAGAAUACUAUUCGCCCAAGCAUCCACCAGCCGGCCCAGGCAAAUGUACCAUGACCUGCCGUCACGGGUGCUUCAUGAAUAAUCCUGGACACUUCGACUCCAAGUUCUUCCAUAUAUCGCCCAGAGAAGCUAUGCUCAUGGACCCUACUCAUCGAUUGUUCUUGAUGAACGCAUAUGAGGCCCUCGAGAUGGCGGGAUAUUCAGAUGGUCAAACCAAGAGGGUCUUAUCUGAUUCGGGUAACUGUAAGACUUAUCGGAACGAUGCGGAUGGUUACUGCCGUGCCGACUUUUCAGGUGCCGUGGUUCUGAAAAGGCUCGAUGAUGCUAUUGCCCAGAAUGACAACAUUUUGGCUGUCAUCUCUUCCUCGGCCAGGAACCAUUCUGGAAACUCUACAUCCAUCACAACAUCUGAUGCUGCUGCCCAGGAACGAUUGUUUCACAAGGUCUUGGGAAAUGCACGCGUCACGCCCGAAGAUAUCUCAUACGUCGAGAUGCACGGUACAGGGACCCAAGUCGGCGAUAAAGCAGAGAUAGGGGCGGUUUCCAGUGUCUUCUCGAAAAGAAGUGAUGGCAGACCUCUGCCUGUGGGAGCUAUCAAGGCAAAUAUAGGUCACAGUGAAGCGGCAGCAGGAAUGUCCUCACUACUUAAGAGCAUUCUCAUGUUCCAAAACAACACGAUACCACCACAGGCAGGAAUGCCUCACACUCUCAAUCCCAAUUUCCCCCCUUUACAUGAAAUCAACAUCAAAAUCCCCUCCGAGCCUCUCGAAUUCAAGGCAUCAGGCAACAAGCCUAGACGAAUACUUCUCAACAACUUUGAUGCAUCGGGCGGCAACUCAUGCCUACUACUGGAGGACUACACGGAUACGAAGGAAAGAAACGCCGAUGUUAGGUCCGCCCAUACCAUUGUUACGUCAGCGAGAACACAGUUGUCGCACGUUCUCAACAAGAAGAGGCUUCUGAAAUGGCUUCGAUCGAAUCCCAACACGCGCAUCGAAGACCUGGCGUACACAACUACUGCGAGAAGGAUGCAUCAUCCCAUCAGAUCGGCGAUUACUGCAUCAACUACUCCAGAGGUCAUUUCAAAACUUGAAACCGAAAUCGAACGCAAAGAUAGCUCUUCAGGGCAGCAUGCUUCCCCUGUUGUAUUCGUCUUCACUGGGCAGGGAUCCCAUUAUGGAGGUAUGGGUGCCGAGCUGUAUCGCUCAAGUUCCAUCUUCCGUGAGAGAGUCGACCUAUGUGCCUCCAUCUGUGCUGGAAAUGACUUCCCUCUCUUCUUGGACAUCAUCACCGAUGAAACAGUCAAUGUGUCUACAAAGAAUGCAGCUCAGGUACAACUCGCUGUAUUAACUUUGGAAAUGGCCCUCACCCAUUUCUGGCGAUCAGCUGGAAUUGAGCCUACCAUGGUAAUGGGACACAGUCUUGGAGAGUAUGCCGCCCUACACGCCGCUGGUGUUCUGUCUUUGGCAGACGCUUUGUAUCUCAUUGGCCAUCGCGCUCUUCUACUCUUGGAGCAAUGCGAACCCGACUCCUGUUCUAUGCUGUCAGUAUCCAUGCCAGUGGACAAAGUUCGGAACCACGUUACAAAGAUACGUUCCUCUUCCUGUAAUGUUGCUUGCAUCAACAGCUCUACCUCUACUGUUGUUAGUGGUACUGCCGAAGAUCUUGCAGAGUUCCAAUCGAGCAUUACAGCGCAAGACACAAAGGUUCGUGCGAAGACAUUACCUCUCCCAUAUGCCUUCCAUUCUUUCCAGAUGGAUCCAAUACUGGAGGACUACUCUCGCAUUGCGGCAGGUGUGACUUAUUCAGCACCCAAGAUCCCAGUGGCUUCAACUUUGCUUGGAUCUGUCAUUGAAAGAGAGGGGAUUUUCACCCAGGAGUACAUGGUCCAGCAGACACGCCAAGCGGUCGACUUUGUUGGUGGCCUUGUCGCUGUAAAGUCAAAGUUGGCUGACCCACUUUGGCUUGAAGUCGGGCCUGCACCAGUCUGCAUAUCUUUCGUGCGAGAUACCCUUUCCGCUCCAGCUUCCAAGAUGAUGCAUAGUUUUCAGCCAAAGACUAGCAACUGGAUGUCCUUGUCGAAAACUCUCGCGGCCAUGUACACUAGUGGUGUUGACAUCGACUGGCUCGCACUCCAUGCGCCAUACGAAAGCAACCUCAAGUUGUUGACACUUCCUUCCUACGCAUGGGACACGAAAAAUUUCUGGAUAACUCAUACCGACAGGGUCACAGAAGUAGUUUCCGAACAGUCCCCGGUUACCUCAUCCGAACCAAGCAUCUCUACCUGUGCUCAGUAUCUUGUCUCCAAGUCAUCUUCUCCAAAAAUACGGGUCACGCUUCGGGCUUCAAUUUCCGACCCGGGAUUUGUGGGACUUAUGGAUGGCCACAAAAUGCAAGGUGUUGGACUAUGUUCUGGAAGCGUCUUCUGCGAAGCUGCUUUUGCAGCGACUAAGUAUGCCCUCGAAUACAGUGGAAGGAAGAACGUAACACAGCCCUGGUUGACUCUCCACGACCCUGAGCUUCUUUUGCCCCUUACGAAGAAGCUAGUGGGCCCUGACGGCGAUCUCGUCACUACAGCUGUAAUGGACAGCCCCUCUGCCGAGACGAUUUCUGUUACAUUCAAAGCUACAUCUGCAAGUACAUCACAUGAUCUCGGUAAUUGCGUAGUCAAAGUUCGCGACCCUACCAGAAGUCAGGUUGAAUGGGACCGAAUAUCGUACUUCAUCAAAGCCAGGAUGGACGAGACGAUCAAAAAUGCCAAAGAAGGACAGGGUCAUAGAAUGCAACCAGAGGUCUUCUAUGCGCUUUUCGGCAACGCCGUUGAGUUUUCGCCGGAGUUCCAAGGUAUCAACGAGGCCUACAUUGCGAAAGAUUUCCAGGAGGCUGCAGCAAUAGUCACUCUUCCACAUGAUCCUAGCGGUACUAGAUUCACAUUCUCACCUUAUUGGGGUGAGGCUCUUGUGCAUUUAGCCGGCUUCACGGUAAAUGGCAACCCGGGCAAAUCUCCCAAGACCACGUUCAUCGUCAUGGGUUUCGCGAGUGUCGAGCAGACGGCCCCCCUGGUUCCCGGGAAGCAGUAUAUGACAUACACUCGUAUCUCGAAGUGGGUCAAGGACACAGCAUACUGCGACGCGAUUGUCUUUGAUCCCGAAUCUUCCAAGAUCAUCUUACAGUGUAUCGAUCUUCGUUACCAAGAGCUUCCCCGGGCUACCUGGAAGCAUAUACUCGAGGGACCACAUGGGACUCCCAUGGCACACGCACACAAACCUCCUGUCAGAGACAUCAGGAGGGACGCUGAAACAAGAGAGUUGCAACAACCCACUCCAGCCACAGUGCCAGUACAACAAAAGACAAUAAAUGAGCCCCAACAGCAGGAGGAAGAAUCUGCUGCGGACGCAGGGCUAUUCGAUGCAAUCUUGGACAGCAUUUCGAAAGCCACAGGUACCGAUCCCUCUGAAAUCACGGACGACACAAUGAUAGCCGAUCUCGGCGUUGACUCCAUCAUGGCCAUCGAAGUUGUCGCCACUGUAAAGGCUAACUCAGGGGUUGAUUUGCCCGCUGCAUUCGUCUUCGAGUAUCCUACUAUCGGUGAUCUUCGGAAAGAAUUUGGAGCGAACAAGCCCACGGCUGAAAAGCCGAAAUUCAGCACAGCCCCCUCUAGUGCUGGGUCUUCCAUCCCGUCAAGCCCCAAUUCAUUGGCUCACCCGAUGUCUGAAGCGGCUUCUUCGCUCUCUCUUACUUCGACAUCUCUUAGUGACAGGGACGAGUUGUUGCCCCUCGAACGCCAGAGAAAAACCAAGAGAGAACAGAAGCAACCGGUCAAGAUAGAUGAUGACACAUCACCGGAGCCCGUCGUCCGAAUCACGCUCCUGCAAGGCCGUCCCAGCUCCAAAAGAAUUCCGUUCUAUAUGAUGGCUGACGGUACAGGAACGAUUGCAACGUAUAUCCACCUGCCGUCCUUCAAGUCAAAAAUGCCUGUAUACGGCAUCGACUCGCCAUUCCUCCGCUGCCCGAAGAGAUUGACCAAAGAAGUUGGCAUUGAAGGGGUAGCAAGACUCAUCGUUGAUGCGCUCAUCAGAGCACAGCCCGAGGGUCCGCUCAUGAUUGGAGGUUAUUCGGCCGGCUCCAUCGUUGCAUACGAGGUUUGUCGCCAACUGGGCAAAGCCGGCCGCAAGGUGGAUGGUCUGCUGCUGAUGGACAUGUGCUGUCCACGAUCCAGUCUCUUGGAUGAAGACAAGAUGAACUCGGACGACGAUGCCAGCUACGCCAUUUUCGAAACCGCGGUUGCAAAAGAUGGGCUCUGGAGCGCCUCCGAUACCACCCAACUGCAUUUCCGCGCCUAUCAUGUCGCCAUGCACGCCUACCACCCGCCGUACAUGACGGAACAGGAAAGACCGGCUCGCACGGCUGUCAUCUGGGCUGAGAAGGGCAUGGUCAAUCGCGUGGUUGGCAAUGAGAAGCUGAUGAAGAUGUUGGUGGACCAAGGUAUCCCGACGACAUCGUAUCCUGGUUACAUGGAAGACCCCAAGCUAGGUUGCUUCGCCUGCUUGAUGCCAGACCGUAAGAAGGCUGACCUUGGGCCGAAUGGUUGGGAGAAGUAUACUGCUGGUGAGGUUUUGGCGCUUUCGGUGCCUGGAGACCAUCUCGAUCUGCCCAUGCCUGGCCAUGUCCACUUGCUUCAUGCUCAGAUGGAGAAGGCAUUUGCUUAUAUUGAGGAAUAG